AUGUCGUUAACCAAUUGUCGAUUCUAUGAGGAGAAGUAUCCGGAGGUGGAUAGCUAUGUUAUGGUCAAUGUGAAGCAGAUCGCCGAGAUGGGCGCCUAUGUGAAGCUUCUCGAAUAUGACAACAUCGAUGGAAUGAUCCUGCUCUCCGAACUGUCGCGAAGACGUAUCCGUAGUAUCCAAAAACUCAUUCGCAUUGGCCGCAACGAGGUUGUGAUCGUGCUCCGUGUCGACAAGGAGAAGGGAUAUAUCGAUCUUUCCAAGCGACGAGUUUCUCCAGAAGAUGUUAUUAAGUGCGAGGAGAGGUACAACAAGAGCAAGGCUGUGCACUCUAUCCUGCGCCAUGUUGCAGAGGCUACGCAGACCCCUCUCGAGACCCUAUACCAGCAGAUCGCAUGGCCCCUGAACAGGAAAUACGGCCACUCUCACGAUGCUUUCAAGGUUUCUAUCACGAACCCUGAUGUGUGGAGCGAGGUUGAAUUUCCAAGCGAAUCUGUGAAGAAGGAGUUGACCAACUACAUCGGAAAGCGACUCACACCUCACCCAACGAAAGUCCGUGCCGAUAUCGAGGUUACCUGCUUCGGUUACGAUGGUAUCGAUGCGGUCAAGAAUGCCCUGCGCACCGCCGAGGCUAAUAACACCCCCGAGAACCAAAUCAAGGUCAAACUGGUUGCCCCUCCACUAUACGUCUUGACCAGCCAGUGCCUGGAUAAGACACUCGGAAUCCAGAUGCUUGAACAGGCUAUUGAGAAGAUUGAAGCCACAAUCAAAGAGUCCGGUGGUGGCUGUAUCGUCAAGAUGGCUCCUAAGGCCGUCACCGAGCACGAUGACGCCGCCCUCCAGGAGCUUAUGGAGAAGCGUGAGCGCGAGAAUAUGGAAGUCAGCGGUGAUGAAAGCAUGUCCGAGAGCGACGAGGGUGUCCCUGAGUAG